CCGCCCGGCGGCGCGCGGCGCUUCCUGCCCUGCGCCGCUCGGCCCGGUCCGGUUCGGCUCCGCUCUGCGGCCCGGUCCGCUCGGAAGGACCGCGCCAUGCGGAGCCGCAUCCCGCCCCGCACCGCGUGAGCCGGGCCCGCGGCGCCGCUGCCAGCCAUGGACACCGAUAACCAUUUUGGCUUUGCGGGUCUUCCCCCCGCACCCACUGCCUCAGGACUGAAACCCACCGCGCCUUCCUCAGGGGACAGCCCGUACAGCAACGGGGCCGCGCUCAGCUUCCCCCCCCAGGGGAAAAGUCUGAACGGGGGCAUGAAUGUCAACGGCUUCUCUACUGUAUCUCACACCACUACUUCAGGGACCUUCACCUCCAGCACGCAUUCCUCGGGGCCCCCCCACCUCCACCCCUACGACUGCCUCUGGGACUACACGCAGUUCCAGCCCCCCGGGGGCCUCAAGGACGGCGGCCUCGCUCAGUUCCCCCUCAACGGCGUCUCUGGGGGCUCCAGGCCCUCCUCCCCCGGGCACAGCGCGAACCUUCGGGGCGCGGGGACGGAGCUGUGGGGCAACGGCACGCCUGGCCCCAUGGGGCUGAACUUUGACUCUCAGGAGCUGUAUGAUUCCUUCCCCGAGCAGAGCUUCGAGCUGAUGCCCAACGGCCCCACCACCUUCUACGCAGCCCCACAGCCAUCCCCCAUGCUGGGCUCUGGUGAGCCGCCGUUCCCGUUGCCCGAGGAGGAGCUGGGGGGUGAUGCAGACGAUGCUGAGGCCUCCAAGGAGCUGCCCCCCCCUAUUGCUGAGAACGGGGCUGGGCUGGUGGGCAGCAUGGAGCUGGAGGACACGCAGCCAGAUCUGAAGCUCUGCGCUUACGACGGCGCAGCGCCCGCCGCGGUGCCGCUGGGCCGGGACAGCCCGGGCCUGACCUCCGGCACCGCCAGCCUGGGGCCCGCAUCGCCCAUGGGCGCGCCGCUGGAGGACGCGCAGCUGCUGAGCGAAGACCCCCUGGAGCCCUUCGAGGCCCUGGCCGGAGACCCCGACACCGGUGACCUCUAUGCGAUGGAUGAGGCGCAGCUGGUGGGCGACAAAUCCCCCCUGGAGGAGCCCCCCGACGACGCGCCCGGCCCCCCCCUGCCUGCCGCCAGCCCCCCGCUGCGUGCCGCCAGCCCUUUCAGCCUGCUGGCAGCCCACCGCCCGGCCCCCCCGCUGCUGCCCAGCCCUGACUCACCGCCCCCCCUGCACGACAGCAGCCCAGAGCUGAGCAGCGGCCACACAGGGCCGGAGCAGUCGGGGUCUCUGGAGCUCAGCGCUGCGCUGGAGCCUGAAUCCCCGUGUCCUUCUGCUGAGGAAGAGGAGGAGGAAGAGGAGGACGAGGAAGAGGAGGUGGCUGACAGCUGCACGGAGGCUUCAGCUGCUCCAGAAGGAGAGAGCAAGGAGGAGGCCGCCCCGCUGAGCACAUCGGUGGGAGGCGAUGUCCCACGCAGGCGCAUUGCCACCCCUGAGGAGGUGCGCUUCCCUCUGCAGCAUGGGUGGAGGAGAGAGGUGCGCAUCAAAAGGGGGAACCACCGCUGGCAGGGAGAGACGUGGUACUAUGGGCCAUGUGGGAAGAGGAUGAAGCAGUUCCCGGAGGUGAUCAAGUACCUGAACAGGAACGUGGUGCAGGAUGUCCGCCGUGAGCACUUCAGCUUCAGCCCCCGGAUGCCAGUGGGGGAUUUCUAUGAGGAGCGAGAGACGCCGGAGGGUCUGCAGUGGGUGAAGCUGAGCCCCGAGGAGAUCCCGUCCCGUAUCCAAGCCAUCACCGGGAAGCGCGGCCGACCCCGCAACGCUGAGAAGGCAAAGCCCAAAGAGCUGCCUGCCAUGAAGCGCGGCCGCGGGCGGCCCCCCAAGGUCCGGAUGGUGGAUCUGCUGAGCAAGACGGACGCGCGGCUGCUGAAGAGGCUGGAGGCCCAAGAGGUGCUCAGUGAUGAGGACAAGCUGAAAAUGAGCAAAAUCAAGAAGAAGAUGAGGCGGAAGGCCAAGAACAAGCAGAAGCAGGAGGCAAAAGCUCCCAAAGCGAAGGAAGCCAAGAAGAAGUCCAAGGCCAAGGAGAAAAAGGGCAAAGCGGAGAAGGGCAAGGACAAGGGGCGGCCCAAGGAGAAGAAGGGCAAAGGGACACGCAGGGUGGACAAGGGGCUGCUGGCCCAGCGGCGCCUGGAGGAGCGGCGACGGCAGCAGCUCAUCCUGGAGGAGAUGAAGAAGCCGACGGAGGAUAUGUGCCUGGCGGACCACCAGCCGCUGCCGACCUUCUCACGCAUCCCAGGCCUGGUGCUGCCCAGCCGCGCGUUCUCCCACUGCCUGACGGUGGUGGAGUUCUUGCAGAGCUACGGCAAGGUGCUGGGCUUUGACCCCAGCAGGGACGUGCCCAGCCUGAGCACGCUGCAGGAGGGGCUGCUGGGGGUGGGCGGCAGCGCCGGCGCGGUGCAGGACCUGCUGGUGCGGCUGCUGCAGGCUGCGCUCUACGACCCCGGGCUGCCCCCCUACUGCCAGUCCCUGAAGAUCCUGGGUGAGAAGGUGUCAGAGAUCAGCCUGAACCGUGACACCGUCUCGGAGGUGCUGCGCUGCUUCCUGACAGCCCACGGGGCUGAAGCUGAGCUGUGCACGGGGCUGCGCACCAAACCCUUCCAGGCGCUGCUCCCGGAGCGCAAAGCUGCCAUCCUGGCCUUCCUGGUCAACGAGCUCAACAGCAGCGCCCGCAUCAUCAGUGAGAUUGACAAGACACUGGAGAGCAUGUCGGCCUACAGGAAGAACAAAUGGAUCAUUGAAGGACGGCUGCGCCGGUUGAAGGUGGCCCUGGCCAAGAAGACGGGUCGCCCCGAGUCAGAGCUGAUGGCACUGGAGGAUGGGCGACGCCGGCGCAGCUCCCGCCUGUGCGAGGAGCCGGGGCUGGAGCUGGAGGAGGAGGAGGAGGGUCGGGGCCGCCGCUCCCGCCGGGACGAGGAGGCCGACACAUCCACCUCCAGCAUCCCUGAGCUCGAGCGGCAGAUCGAGAAGCUGGCUAAGCGGCAGAUGUUCUUCCGCAAGAAGCUGCUGCACUCCUCGCAGACACUGCGGGCUGCCUCCCUGGGCCAGGACCGGUACCGGCGGCGGUACUGGGUGCUGCCCCACCUGGGGGGGAUCUUCGUGGAGGGGGCGGAAGGUGAGCGGGGUUGGGGCUGGAGGCGUGCUGGGGACCCCCACGGUGCAACCUGCCCUCGUUCCUCCCCUGCAGUGCCCGAGGAGCGCCCGGAGGAGACCACGGAGCAGAAGGUUCUGUGCCCGGUGCCCGCGGUGAAGGAGGAGCCACCGGACCCCGAGGUGCCGGCGCCGGUUCCCCAACGGGUCGCCAUGAACUGUGUGGCCGCACGCGCCCGGGGACGACCGCGGAAGAGCAAAGAGGAGCCACCCCCCCCGCCCGUCCCCCCGCCCAUCCCCCCGCCCGUCCCCUCACCCAUCCCCCUGCCCAUGCCCCCCAAAUCGCCACCCAUCAACGGCGCCCUGGAGGAGCCUCUGGCGCUGGGGCAGAGCCAACACGACCUCAGCCAGUCCGCCUUCCUGUCGUGGCUCAGCCAGACGCAGCCCUCGCUGCUCACCGACGCUGUGCUCACCCCGGACAGCAGCCCCGGAGCGGGGGAUGUGGGGCUGCCGCCCCUCGAGGCCUCGUCUGACCCCACAGAGGAGGAGAGCAGCACAGAGACUGCAGAUACGCAGGGGCCGUGGUUCAGCCCCCUGCCCCGCGAUGACAGAGUCCCCCACGUGCCCUCCUCAGCUGAGCCCCCACCGCCCCACAGGGAGCAGCCCCACAGGGAGCAGCCCAAGGCCUCAGCCAGGCAGCUGAAUGGGCUCCCAGCAGAUGACUCCACCUCCCCUCUGCUCGCCUCCACCCCGGUCCCCGCCGGUGCCAGGGCCCCCCCUGCCUGCCCACGCAGCCGGAAUAGCCUGGAGAAGCUGCAGGACCCCCCGGGGCAACCCAAGCGCCGGGGGCGGCCCCCCACCAAGUUCUUCAAGCAGAUGGAGCAGAAGUACCUGACGCAGCUGACAGAGCAGCCGGUUCCCCCCGAGAUGCGGAGCGGGUGGUGGUGGCUGCAGGACCCCGAGCAGCUGGAGGCGGUGGCACGAGCGCUGCACCCGCGCGGCAUCCGGGAGAAGGCGCUGCACAAACACCUGACCAAGCACAGGGAGUACCUGCGGGAGGUCUGCCUGCGUGCGGCCACGGACCCCAUCUUCCACCCCCGCCCCGAGGCGGCCGCCGUCACCGCCGCGUCUCAGGAAGCGUUGGCCCAGUGGUCGGUGAUGGAGAGGGCGUACGAGGCCGACCUGUCGGUGCUGCAGUGGGUGGAGGAGCUGGAGCAGCGCGUGCUGAUGGCCGACCUGCAGAUCCGGGGCUGGACGUGCCCCAGCCCUGACUCCACGCGCACUGACCUGCGGUACUGCGAGCACAAAGUGGAGCCUCUGGAGGACAUCACGGUGCGCAGCCGGCGGGACGGGCUCCCCCCGCGCCGCGAGGACACCAACCCUCUGGACCUGGCGGUGCUGCGCCUGGCGGCGUUGGAGCAGAACGUGGAGCGGCGCUACCUGAAGGAGCCGCUGUGGGCACCGCACGAGGUGGUGCUGGAGAAGGCGGUGCUGAGCGGCCCCGAGGAGCUGAGCCCGACGGAGAUCGCCUACGAAAUCACCCCCCGCGUGCGGACGUGGCGGCAGACGUUGGAGCGGUGCCGCAGUGCAGCCCAGGUGUCGCUGUGCAUCCACCAGCUGGAGCGCUCCAUCGCGUGGGAGAAGUCUGUCAACAAAGUGACGUGCCUGGUGUGCCGGCGUGGGGAUGAUGAUGAGAACCUGCUGCUGUGUGACGGCUGCGACCGCGGCUGCCACCUCUACUGCCACCGCCCGCGCAUGGCGGCCGUGCCCGAGGGCGACUGGUUCUGCUCGGUCUGCGUCUCGCGGGCACAGCAGUACCCGGAGCCCCUCACCCCGCGGCGGGGGAAGAAGCGGAAGCGGGGCCGCGUGCCCGGGGGGGGCACGGCGGAGGACGGCAGCCCCCGACGCAGGGCGGCAUCGCGGCGUCCCGAGGGGGCGUCCCCAGCCAAACGGCGUGCAGCCCCCCCGCGGGGCCCACCCGGCGACCUGACCUUCUGCGAGUGAGUGUGGCAGGGU